AUGCGCUUUCAACUAAAAAACGGCCGGUUCACGAAGAAAUUAUCCCUGGGCAUUACGCGGCUGAUGCUGGCGGCCAAGAAUGAUAACCUGAAAAGCUGCCUUAAACUCAUCGAGCAGGGUGAAAGCGCCGACGACAGGACCGCAUUGGGCGUUUCGCUCCUGCAUUUCGCCGCCGUGAACGCGACACACGGCCUGGGCAUCAUUUGCUACUUCUUCACGUAUCACGGUCUCGGCACGGCAACGGACUCGGAUGGCGAGGAACCGAUCCAUUAUGCCACCAGAGCGGGCCACUUCAACCUUGCCCAGAAACUGCUCGAGAUGCGACCAACCCGAUUCACAAAUCUGCUGCACUUCUUCGUGGCCGAAAAUCAAAUUGAGAUGGUCAACCUGGUGCACAGCCACGACAGGAGCCUUCUCAGAGGGGUCGACCCUGAUGGCAGGAACGCUCUGCACCUGGCGGCCGAGUUCGCUGACUCGAUCAUGUGCGAGUGGCUCAUUUAUCGCGGCGUCGACACCAAGGCUCUGAGUGCGAACAAGGCGACGGUUGUUCACCACGCUGUGCGGAACAAAUUCAACGCGAGACGAAUCGUACGCUAUUUGGCCAACUGGAAGUUGAAGAUGGACGAGGAGAGCGAGUCAGGCGAGACUCCGAUCGACGUGGCGGUUUUUCUUGGUAAUGCUGACUGUGCUUUGGAGCUUCUUUGUUUGGGCGCCAAAAUUAGAUCGAAAAAUCUUCUGCUCGUCAGUGUGAAACAAAACCAAAUCAACCUUGCCCAGUUAGUGCACUGGUCAGACAAAGAACAGAUCAAAGAGGUCGACUCGAAGGGUAGAAACGCGAUGCACUUGGCGGCGGAAAAGGCGGAUCUUAAGAUGUGCGAGUGGUUGUUGAGUGUGGGUGUCGACGUGGCUGCCUUGUGCACCGAGAGAAAAUGCAACGUCCUGCACCGUGUCGGCCUGAACGAAGAGCACGGAAAGAGCCUGGUCCAGUUCUUCUUAUCUCUGGGGUUAAACCUGAACCAACGAGACGAGCAUGGCGAAACUCCACUUCACUUCGCCCUGAGAGCCAGUAAUUUGAAGGUUGCUGAAGAAAUGGUUACACUUGGUGCCGAUUUAAAGGUGGUUGUAAACGACCUUAAUAUUUUGCACUUCUGCGUGAGGCAGAAAAAUCUGGAAAGCGCCCAGUUCGUGCACAAAUGGGACAGUGAGAUGAUCAUGAAGGUGGACUUGGGUGGCAAGACAGCUCUGCACUACGCGGCCGAGACAGCGGACCUUGAGGUUUGCCAAUGGCUUAUCGAGGCCGGUGUGAACAUCAAUGCGCGAACCUUUGAUAUGAAAUCGGCGCUCUCGUUUGUACCAAGAAACGACGUCAAGGUUAGGAGAUAUCUUAUGUCCCUUGGAAUGAGGAUUUGA